UGUUGCUGCAUCAGAUCCAGAAUCAGCAGAUAUUUACAGAAAUCAAUGAAGCUGAUGAGCUCAGACAGUAAAUAUAUUGACUUUGUGCUGAUUUCAGGUCAGUUUAUGUCAGAGAGGAUCAGCAGGUCAGAAUGUGACCCACCUGAGUCCCACCUGUUUUGGAAUCAGGGUUGUAAAUUCAUCUUGUAAUAAAAAGUCAUUUUUGUCAUAAUAAUGUAUCCUUUGCUUCGUAAGACAUUUAUGGAAUAUUUUUUAUAAGAAGCAGAAACACAGAAGGCUGUAAAAUGAUUUAAAUAAAUAACAGAGAACACUUUUUCUACGUGUGUGUGUGGGGGGGGGGACACAAACACGCCUCCACAUCCAUCAUGUUGUUCUGGAGCUGUUCCACUUUAAAUGUGAUGCCCUGCAGUGGACAAACAGUUUCUCUAAAAUAAUACGAGAAGAUGUGAAGGAGUUUUACUUUUAUCUUUUCAUCAAGUCCGAAACGUCACUUCCAGCUGUUUGAUCUUCAUGUCAGUCAAUGAAGUGAAGUCACAUGUUGUGUGUUUCUGUCCACGUUAAGAUUCCUUCAUGGAUGUUUUUGAGUCUGCAUGAAAUGUGAUGUGAGUGUUGUGUCUGUAUGUAGAAACACUGACAGUACACGAGCUGUGCAUGCAUCCUUUCACUGUCUCUAUAGAAGCGUGGCAUGUGCAAUAUCAUUGACCCUGUAAAGCUCAGGCCAAGCACAUUCUAUUGAGUCCACACACACACACACACACACACACACAGCAGAAUCAGCAGACACGUCAGGAUGAAGGGAAAGCGCUGAGGCAGCAGAAACUUUUAAACCCUUGUCUCUUGUGUCUUUUGUCCGUCCGGCGGGGACGUCGCCCCUCGCUCGUCCCCCUGCCGUAUAUAUUGUGGUGUCCAACUUUUUCUCUGUUACACUGUGUGUGUGGUUGCGGGCCAGGUUGGACAGUAUCCAGUGGGCAAACAUGUCGCAGUACUCUGGAAAGGUGAGUAACAGCGGCUGGGGAAAACGACCAGAUUACUGUUUGAAAUGUGGAGCUUUAGCUGCUCUGUGGAUCAUCUGGAGACUGAGACCAGAAUCUGUAGACCAGCAGGGUCCUGUGGUAAAAUGACACAAUAUUUAACUUCUCUUUCACAAACUCGUUUUAUGAGAAUUCACUGGAAAUCAAUUCAGUUGAACUUCACCUCAGAAUGGAUGAUGUCCUGUAUGUGUUGCCUGAACUUAAAUUGCCUGAUUCUUGAAUGGGGUUUGGUGUGAUGUUCCCCUGCUGUUAUUCUCAGAAAAGGCAGAGCUGCACUUCAACCAGAAUGAAGUCUUAGUGGCUCGAUAAAGUUAACUUUGCAUUGAGUUCAUCUUUCAGGUAACAGGUAAACAGAGAAAGCAGCAGGUAGUUUGAGUACAGGUGAUGGUCUGAGGCAAGCUGCUGAUCCUGGGGGCUGUUUUGUACCUCAGUGCUCGAUUGAUUGGCUUCUUCUUCUCUCACAUCAUCUUUUCCACUGGGCUUCUGUUAUAACUUCACACCUCCAGUGGUUUUACCUUUCACCUUGCUUCAGUGAUGAACAGGUGUACUCCCAGGUGUGUCAGUGCACUGUGACAUCACAGCUGGGUGUGGCUACUGAGUGGACAGAGAAAUGCUGCUGUUGAGUUACUCUUUAACAACAACUAAAACAAUGUUUUGAUCCCACACACAGAGGUUAAAGCCAAUCAGAGCUGAGCAGCUUAAACCCAGCCAGUUCUCCCUCCUGUCCAGCAGGGGGGGGCGCUGCUGGACAAGUCACAGUUUGAAUGUAAGAACGUAAGCAAAAUGAAUUAGAGGUCAAGUAUUUCCCAAAGUUUCUAAUCAUUAAAUGAUUCCAGUCAGAUAAGUUACCUGUUGCAUUGCGAAGAAAGUUCUACCUGCGUUUGAGCCAUUGAUGUCGUCGGUCAUGAUUGUUUUGAUAUGUUUGUUCGUGCUCCGCGUCAUGCAGUCGCGGUCUGGAGUUAACAGUUGUUUCUGGAAAGCAGUUUUUACUUUUCUUUCACACUGAAUGGAAUUUACUGUCAGAACGUCUGAAACGGUGAUUCCUCGAGAGCAGCCAAGAAACCUUCUGAGCUGCUUCAUCAGCUGACCUUCCAGCCAAUCACCUUUAAACACACCAGAGACUGAGUUCACGCCGACGGACGGGGACAGUUGUAUAAGAUCCGACUGAAGGAAAAGUGUUUAAAUGUGAGCAGCUGAUCACACAUGAACCGUCAUGUUUUUGUCGAUUUGCCCUCCAGAUUACCUUCUACGAGGGGAAGUGCUUCACCGGCAGGAAGCUGGAGGUCAGAGGAGACUGUGAUAACUUCCAGGACCGCGGCUUCAUGAACAGGGUGAACUCUAUCCGUGUGGAGAGCGGAGCCUGGAUCUGCUACGACCACCCCGACUUCAAGGGCCAGCAGUACAUCCUGGAGCACGGAGAGUACCCAGAAUUCCAGAGGUGGAACUCCCACAACGACCACAUGGGAUCCUGCAAGCCCAUCCGCAUGCAUGGAGAGCACUACCGCAUCGAGCUGUUCGAGGCCUGUAACUUCUCCGGUCAGUGCGUGGAGAUCUGCGACGACUGUCCCUUCCUGCAGAGCCGCGGCUUCUCCAAGAACUGCAUCAACUCCGUCAAGGUCUACGGAGACGGAGCCUGGGUGAUGUACGAGGAGCCAAACUUCCGCGGCCGCAUGUACAUCGUGGAGCGUGGAGACUACUGCAGCCACAACGAGUGGCAGGCCCAGAACCCCAACAUCCAGUCCAUCCGCAGGGUCGUCAACUACUUCUAAACCCUGACCUGUGACACCCGACUCCCCCUCUGCCUCCCCCUCCCGUCUCCUCCACCACCGCUGUAAUCAUGUACAAUAAA